AUGGAGGCGUUCCCCGGCGGGGCGUUGGGGGCAGCCCGGCACCUCCCGGCCGUGGAGCGCCUGCCGGGUUCCCGGUACGGCGGCCGGAGCCACAGUGCCUGCGGGAACGUGUUCAACUCGUGGAACGACUACCUGGGGCUGGCCACGCUCAUCACUAACGCCGUGCGGCCCGGCAAGGGCUUCGCCGCCGAGCCCCCCGCCGUGGUGGUGGCGGCGCCGGCCGAGGAGGAGGAGGAAGAAGAGGAAGAGGAGGAGGAGGCGUCGGGGCCGUACUUCGAGGGCGCGCUGGACCUGCACGACCUGGAGCUGUGCGGCCACCACCACCACGGCGAGGGGCUACUGGAGGAGCGCUUCGCCGACCUCAGCCCCUUCCCGGGGCGCGGCGGCCCCGCCGCGGUGCUGCUGGAGUGCCCCGGGGCGGAGGGGGCCCGGGCCGGCUCGCCCCGCGCCUGGGGCGGCGUGGUGGUGGCGGCGGGGCGGCUGCCGGCACACCCGCGGGCCGCCGGGCGGCUGCUGAAGCCCGAGCUGCAGGUGUGCGUCUUCUGCAGGAACAACAAGGAGACGGUGGCCCUCUACACCACGCACAUCCUCAAGGGACCCGACGGCCGCGUCCUGUGCCCGGUGCUGCGGCGCUACACCUGCCCCCUGUGCGGGGCCAGCGGGGACAAUGCCCACACCAUCAAGUACUGCCCGCUGUCCAAAAUGCAGGCGGCCAAGCAGCUGCGGCACGCCCGGGCGGCGCUGGGCAGGAAGGGCCGCUAGGCUGCGGGGCGGCGGGCGGCUCCAGCGCGGUGUGGGCGCCCCGCUUUGGCUCCGUGGGAGCCGCUACGGAGGGCUGCGGGUGGUCGGGGAGAAAAGAGCAUCCCCUGCCAAGUGUGAGGAGGGGGAGGCUGGGGAGAGGGCUGCCCGGCUCUGCUCCUCUGCCCGCUGUGGGGUCCCCCCCCCGCUGCCCGCAUCGCCCCGGGUGGGGGAGCGGCCGCCAGCCCCCUCCUUGCCCCCCUGUGACCAGUUAUUGCUCCUGCAGGAUGCUCAUCAGCAGCGCUGGGCUUCGUCAGGGUCCACCCCCCAGCUUGUCGGGUCUUUAAGUAGCUGAGCUGUUUCCUUCACCCAUCCUGAAGCCGGGAGGGAAGUUGCGAUCGAACCCGUGCUCGGUUACUGGUGCGGCAGGCAGCACCUCCUCCCCUCCACCCCAGCGCCCUGCUGGGGGCAGUGCCCCACGG